AUGGAGCGGUUGUCCUUGGUCACCAACCGGGGCACGGAGCUGCCGGGGCUCAUCCCGCUCGGAGACCUCACACUGGUGCCCGUCACCUCCUUCUCCAUCCUCCUCUCCCUCUUUUUCUCCUCCACCUCUUUCUCCAAAGCACAAUUUAACGGAGAGGAGCGGCGCUGGCUGCGCCGGGCAGCUGGUUAUGGAUUUCGGGUGUCGGGAGGUCUGAGCUCUCCUAAAGUCAUCGUAGAGCUUGGCCGGAGCCAGCGCGUUCCCCGCUUGCGUGUGUGGCUCAGGCUCCCCGCUGGCUGGGCGGCGCGGGGCGGUCAGCCCGACCGGCAGCGCAAGAGCGAGGAGCUGACGGACGAGGAGAAGGAGAUCAUCAACCGCGUCAUCGCCCGCGCCGAGAAGAUGGAGGAGAUGGAGCAGGAGCGCAUCGGGCGACUCAUGACCCGGCUGGAGGACAUGCGCCGUAGCGUGCUGGGAGACGGGGUGAACCGUUGCAUCCUCUGCGGGGAGCAGUUGGGGCCGCGGGGAUCCGCCUGCGUCGUCUGCGAGGACUGCAAGAAGAACGUCUGCACCAAGUGCGGGGUGGAGACCACCAACAGCCGGCCCCACGCCAUCUGGCUCUGCAAGAUCUGCAGCGAGCAGCGGGAGGCGGACGCCGGGCCCCCGGCCGAGCAGGACUCCGACGCGCUCGCCGCCCCCCAUGGCUCUGCCCGUGGCGGUGUGUUUAAUAGCGACGCCGACCGCGGGGGCUGCGUUAAGCGGCAGCAGUCGGUGCCUCCUGCUCACGGGGGCGAAGCCGCGUUCCUCGCCCCGGCUCAUCUCUCUAACCUCACCUAUGCCCUGCGCUGCUCUGGACCCACAUCCCCCGGAUGCUGCUGCCAGCACUGGCAGCGACGCGAUGGCGGCUGGCCGGGGGAGCUAAGCCGCGCCCGGGCGCCAACCGAAAAAAAAGGCACCGCCGGCAGCGAAAAGGCUGGUGGGGACGCAGACAGCCGUGACUACGCUGCCGAGAGCGCGGUCAGCAGGAGCCCUGGCGUGAAGAGGACCAACUCCAUGCAAGCCCAACGGCCGCCCCCACCGGAGGAGGAGGAGGAGGACGCCAACAGCUACGACUCUGAUGAAGGCACCACGCUGGGAGCGCUGGAGUUCAGUCUGCUCUACGACCAGGAGAACAGUUCCCUCCACUGCACCCUCAUCAAGGCCAAAGGCUUAAAGCCGAUGGACUCAAACGGCCUGGCGGAUCCCUACGUCAAACUGCACCUCUUGCCCGGUGCCAGCAAGUCAAAUAAGCUGAGAACGAAGACUCUGCGCAACACCCGUAACCCCGUGUGGAACGAGACCCUGGUGUACCACGGCAUCACAGACGAGGACAUGCAAAGGAAAACGCUCAGGAUCUCCGUGUGUGAUGAAGACAAAUUUGGCCACAAUGAGUUUAUUGGAGAAACUAGAGUUUCCUUGAAAAAACUCAAAGCCAAUCAGAAAAAGAACUUCAACAUCUGCUUGGAGAGAGUAAUACCAAUGAAGCGUGCUGGAACAACCGGCUCAUCCCGUGGGAUGGCACUGUAUGAGGAGGAGGUAGAUCGUGGUGGGGAUGUGGAGGAGCGCGGGAAGAUCCUCGUGUCCCUCAUGUACAGCACCCAGCAGGGCGGCUUGAUCGUCGGCAUCGUACGCUGCGUGCAUUUAGCAGCCAUGGAUGCCAACGGAUACUCAGACCCUUUCGUUAAACUUUGGCUGAAACCUGACAUGGGAAAAAAGGCCAAGCACAAGACACAGAUUAAGAAGAAAACAUUGAAUCCCGAGUUUAAUGAGGAGUUCUUCUAUGACAUAAAACACAGCGAUCUGGCCAAGAAGUCGCUGGACAUUUCUGUCUGGGAUUACGACAUCGGGAAAUCGAAUGAUUACAUUGGCGGCUGUCAGCUCGGCAUUACCGCUAAGGGCGAGCGCUUGAAACACUGGUAUGAAUGUUUGAAGAACAAGGACAAGAAGAUUGAACGCUGGCACACCCUCCAAAACGAGAACCACGUUGCCAGCGAUUAA